CGGAUUGAUCGAUCAGGGCACACGGAGGUUAGACAUUCUUGGUGUGUAUAGCUCUCAUAAGGAAAGGAUAUUGUUUCAUGUGUUGAGCUCUCUAGUCUUGUCUAUUGUGUUUGCAACGUUGGUUAUUCCAUCGCUGAACUAUGAUGCAACUCUCACGACUAGCUGAAAGGGUGUGGAGUCUGUGUCGUCAUAGAAACUUGUUAGACUCAAGUAGUUUUUUCAAGCUUACUAGUUAUCGCCGCCAUACUUUUCACUUAUUGUCAAGACGUAACUUUUCUCAAAAUAUUUUGUUACCCCAGUUCAACAAACUGGUAGAAGCAAGUGAAGAACGGCUAGACGAGUUGCCCGGUGUCAUAAAGUCGCCGUUGACUGGGGAAGAGAAGCGCGGCAUUCAAUUGUUUCAAGUGAACGAUUGGCCCAAUCGUGUAGAAACUUCAAAUGAAGAAGGCAGUACGAGUUGUGUAGAUAUAUUACCGCCGGUAUAUGCUACUCACGGUGAACCUGGUUCGUGGUGGGGUGGCAUUGGGUAUGAGGCUGGUUACGGUGGAAUGUUUGCUGUGAUAGUUCUCAAAGGGAAGCAGUUUAAGAUAUGUCCUGAUGAUAUCGUUGUUUCAGAAAAACUUGAGCAGGAUAUCAACGAAAAAAUUGUAUCCGACCGUGUUCUUGCUAUUGGCACUAUGGAAUAUUCCUUGUUUGGUAGACCUUACUUACCUUUUGCGAGUGUUACGUUGACUGUGGAACAACAAACAUUGACCAGUGAAGUUGUGUCUUUUCGAUUUAAGAAGAGGAAACGUUAUCGAAGGGCAUGGUUUCAUCGACAGCCGAUAACUUUUCUUAGAGUGAACAAUAUUGAGUUUAUUCAACCUAAGAAAGAGCAGUUGAGUCCACUUAUUACCGCAAGGGACUCAAAUGCCCCUCUUCUUGCUCAAAAUGCUCGUAUUCUAUAGUAAAGUAGGAAGAGAAAUAAACAAGUUGCUUAAUUCUUAUUCAUAUAUGGAGACAGUACUUACGAGUUGUUAAA